AUGGUUCGAACCUUGAUCAAGGACCUUUGGGACCAUCCACUGCCCGUCGUUGAGGACUAUCUUCUUCGCAAUAUGACAGCCAGCAUGUCAGAACUCAGCUUUGAUAUGAUGCAACUCUGUUGUGAGAUUUUCCUACCGCCAGUGUAUGCCUUGAUCCAACGUGUCGUGGCUCGCAACCGGGGCACAGUUAUCGCUUGGGGACGCUGGAUACAGAAAACACUACAUGUCCCUCGUUCCAUCUGUGUCUUCCUAGAAGAGGAACCAGGCAUGUAUGGUGAUACAAUCGACCAUUACUUUCCCAUCAUAUGCAUCUUGUUUUUCAUAGAUCUCCUCAGCUCCCUCGCAAUCCCCUUGGGAGUGGACUUCCGGAACCCCAUCAUUAUCGGCCUUGUUAUCAUCAACCCUUGCUGCGUGGGUUUUGCCGUAUGGCUUGGCCUCCUACGCGCGAAAUGGCGUCUGAUGGAGCAGCUAGACCUCGAACGCGCCGCUACGAGAUAUUUUGAACACCAACGUGUCGCACGGAUGGGAGCAUCGUCUCAGGGGAGAGUCCUACCUUCAAAAACAAAAGAGGGACACGUUCUUCUUGUAUGA